CAGUCCUGCUCCAGCACCCUGAGCGGCUGCGCCCUUACGCCAGCCGACCCGUGCUUGUGCCUGCUUAGCGUAGAAAUUGGAUUCAUUGCUCCCUGGUCUGGAGGAUGGCGACGGCUUUUAUGGAGCAAGCACUCGAGCAGGCAAAGUUUGCGCUGGAUAACCUCGAGGUCCCUGUUGGGUGUGUGAUUGUGGAGGACGGGAAAGUGAUCUCCUCUGGCAGCAACAAGACGAAUGCCACCCGAAAUGCUACCAGACAUGCUGAGAUGGAAGCUAUUGAUGUCCUGCUCCGGGAGUGGCAAAGCAUGGGUCUUGAUCAGACACAGGUUGCGGAGAAAUUUGCAGGAUGCGACCUUUAUGUCACGUGUGAGCCAUGUAUAAUGUGUGCGACAGCAUUGUCGAUAAUUGGAAUAAGAGAAGUUUACUUUGGUUGUGCCAAUGACAAAUUUGGAGGAUGUGGAUCAAUCAUGUCAUUGCACAAGGGUGAUACUUCUUCGUCAGAUGAUUUAUCAGGGAGCCAAGCCUCUAAACCAAAAGGUUUCAAAUGCACUGGAGGGAUCAUGGCUGAAGAAGCGGUAGCUCUUUUUAGGUGUUUCUACGAACAAGGAAACCCAAAUGCCCCAAGGCCUCACAGACCAGUUCGAACGCCUCAACAAUGAUUGGUUUGUUUACCUGGACUACAAUCACAACGCAAAAACCUCAGGAGUGCAGACAUACAAACUUGACUGUAAAACUAAUUUAGGAUUCAUUGUAUGCUUUAGUGUGAAGCUUGUAUGCUACUAUUUGAUAGUGUCUUUUUAGUCUGGGAGCACAGCCACAUUUCUUGAUCGCAGAUACCCUGCAUGUUUGGCAAUUUAAAAGGAUAUGUGACAGAAGAGUUUUGAGUUUGUCAGUCUCCGUAAAAUCCAGCCUUAUGCAAUUGCAGUAGAUUGUUUCCAACAUUUGUAAUCUUGAAAGAAAUAUUUUCAUUUUUUUUUGUACGAAAUACUUUUAUGAGGUACUUCUAUGCUUAAAAAUUUGAGAGAAAAAAA